AUGGAUUAUCCACUGGAUAGAUGUUCAGAAAGAGCAGUUUCAAAAUUGGCGAAUCACCAACCAGUUCAUGCGACUCAGCAUUUAAUUCAAUCACAACCAUCACUGCAAUACCAAUCAACAAACAGUCAUAUCGUACAACAAUCAUCAACUGGAACGUAUGCACAACAAUUUCCAUAUAUAGAUGAUAGAUCACAAGUACAGUUGCAAGAACGAUUAAUAUUAUACAGAAUAACAUCAAACUAUAAUGGAGGAUUUCAAUCGUUGGAUGAUGCUGCAGAUGAAGUGAAAGAGGCAGGUAACACAAGCAUUUUAAAUAUGGACAAUAGACAUAAUUUUGACUUGAGUCUCGAUCAACUUGAUUCGGCAGAACUCGCCGAUUUUGAAACUGCUCUUUCUGAACAUCUAUCCAGUGGAUUAUCCAUUUCAGAUUUUAUUACGUUGGAAACGAACAAAGAAACAAAUGCAGGGCCAAGCAACACCGAACAAAAUAACACUGCCGAUAAUUUUACAAGCAUUAUUAAUAACGCUAUUCAGGAACUGUGCACUUUAGAUAAUAUGUAUGAAUCAAUGUCGGAAACGAACGGAGUAAUAAACGCAGGACCAAGCGACAUCGAAAAUGAUUGUAUAUAA